UGUUCCCCAUUUCCGCGCGUUUUUGUUCCCCUUGCUAGUUUGUCCUUUCAGAGCAUCCGUAGUAAGCAGAUCCCUCCAUGACUUCCGUUUCUUCCCGUGUAAGAUGGCGGUGCCUAGGGGCGCAUUGGGAGAGUUGUGAGCAGUCUAGUGGCUUGUGCGGGGUCCUGUACUUGGAAGCUGUUAACCACAGGAAGAUCAGAAGCUAUUGGUUCCUGAAAGUCAUCCACUCCUGAGAGGGAUAAUGCUGAGAAGUGUGAAAGGAGUGAUCUGCCAGGGGCCCAAGUUGGAUUCUGGAUAUUUUCUCCAUGCCAGUGCCAGGGCUUGGCUAAGUGCUGCAGUUAAUCAGGAUGCCCAAAUCCCAGCAGAGAAACCCAGAGCAGUAUUCCGCACCAAUGAGAGCAACCCGGCCAACCAUGCAGAGCAACAUGAGGGUCAGCAUUACAGCAUCCCCGUCCAGGAGAUGAAGGUGGUGUUUCCACAUGGACUGCCCUACCGCUUCCAAAUGCAGAUGAAGACGUUCAAUGAAAGCUGCCUGAUGGUUCGGAAACCAGCUCUAGAACUCCUUGGUUAUCUGAAAAGCACCAACUUUGCACACCCGGCUAUCCGAUAUGUUAUAUAUGGGGAGAAGGGAACAGGGAAAACAAUGACGCUGUGCCAUGCUGUUCAUUAUUGUGCAAAACAGGACUGGCUGGUUUUACACAUUCCAGAUGCUCACCUCUGGGUGAAGAAUUGCAGGGAGCUUAUGCAGUCCUCCUAUAACAAAGAGCGGUUUGACCAGCCUCUGGAAGCAUCUACCUGGCUUAAGAAUUUCAAAACUUCAAAUGACCACUUCUUAAAAGAGAUAAAAACACAACAGACAUAUAUGUGGAGCAAACGGGAAAGCACUGAGAAGGGCAGACCACUGGGUGAAGUGGUAGAACAGGGUUUAACUCGAGUGAAGAAUGCCAGUGAUGCUGUGGGGGUUGUGCUGAAAGAGUUAAAGAAGCAGUGUCCUCGUGGUUCAUUUAGACUUCUGGUGGCAGUGGAUGGAAUCAAUGCUCUCUGGGGACGGACAACGCUGAGGAAGAAAGACAAAAGUGCUGUUUCUCCGGAGGAACUGACGCUAGUCCACAAUCUGAGGAAAAUGGUGAUGAAUGACUGGAAUGGAGGUGCCAUAGUGACCACUCUUAGCCAGACGGGCUCUCUCUUCAAACCACGUUCUGCUUAUUUGCCCCACGAGUUGCUGGGAAAGGAGGGUUUCGACACACUGGACCCUUUCAUUCCCAUCCGGGUUUCCAACUAUAGUCAGCGAGAGUUUGAGAGCUGUUAUCAGUAUUACCUUGACCGCAAGUGGCUUCAACAUGAGAGAGCCAAAACAGAAGAAGGGAGAAAGGAACUGCUGUUUCUCAGCAACUCCAACCCCUGGCAGCUGGAACGGAUCUCUGCUUAUCUCUAACACUAAGGCAUCUUUGCUGGCAGCCACUGCUGGCUUUUAAUAAGAUAGAGCAGCAAGAAGUGCUGGUUAUCAUAUGUCCCCUUGGCUGCUUCACUAGGCAGAAAGAACUGAGCUGUCUUUCCCAGCCCUGACAGGGAAGGACUUUGUGGAAAAGCUGGGUGAGGAGAAGAGCUCUGCACCAGCUGAGGAGGGGCUGCAGGAAUAGAGAGGGAAAGAAUAGAGUUGGGGCAGGGCUUCUGCACGUGACGCUGUCAGGGUUUCUCUAGAAGCUGUGAUGGGGCUGCACCAAUAAUAAAUGGAGAGCGGUGUA